AGAUAGUACUGAAACAGAUGAGGACCUAAAGUUUACUGAAAAUGAUUCUAAAAACUCACUUUUAUUUGUUUAUCAAUCAGAAUGGCAAUGCAAACUUGUGCGUCGAUAUGGAAAUGAAAUGCUCUUAUUAGAUGCAACUUAUAAAACAACGAGAUAUGUUUUACCCGUUUUCUUUUUAGUAGUCAAAACAAAUGUUGACUACUAAAUAGUUGGGUGCUUUAUCACUGAGAACGAAACAAAACGAGCAAUAUGUGAAGCUUUGCGUGUUUUCAAAAGAAGGAAUGUGAAACUUUCUCCAUCUUUUUGCAUGACGGAUUACUGCAAUGAGGAAAUUGAUGCUUUAGAAGAAAUUUUUCCUGGUUGUAAAGUUUUGAUUUGCGACUUCCAUCGUGAACAGGCCUGGGAGCGUUGGAUAGUAAAAGUAUCAAACGGUUGUGCUGAUCAAAAAGCAGAUAUCCUCCAAAAGCUAAGAAAGAUUUCUCAUUCAACAAAUGUUGAUGCAAUGGAGUUAGCUAUUCUGGAUUUAAAACAGUCUGAAUAUUGGAGUAAUGAAAGAUUUUCAAAGUUGAAAAAGUAUAUAGAGACUUAUUGGUUAACAAUUAUUGAGGUAUUAUAUCAUUAAAUAUUUUAAUUAAAAAUAGAUUCUUCCUGAAAUUUAUGUCCAAAAAUGAAGCAGGAAAUUAUUCUGUUAUUCUGUAGCAUAAUAA